UCUCAAUUAAGUACUGAUUUUAACCUGAAGUUGUUUGGUUUUAUAUGGAGUUUCUUCGCUUACUGAUAUUGGAAAUUCUGACUGCAUAUUGUCUUGUGUUUAGGUUCAUAUACAAUACUUUUAUUUAUUUAUCAACAUUUGUUGGAGAGCAUUUUUCUUUAAUCGUUAACAAGCAAUCUAUUUCAUUCAACACUAUGGCUUCCUCCGGUCACAUGACAACAAUCAUUGAUUUGACCCAUGAUGGCACAGUACUUGAUGCAAUGGAAUCUACAUGCAAUGAUCUCCAUGCAUGUAAUCCCCAUCGAGAUGUGCUCUCAGAACUCUCCUCUAUUGCUUCUACGCAGAGUGAGGUGUUGGACACUGCAGAACAGCAGCAGCAGAAACACCAGCAUUUGAGGGUCUACUUAAGGGUGAGGCCCUUUUCCAAGGAUGAGAUCUCCAGCAAUGAGGACCAGGGUUGUGUGGUUCUUGAGAAUGCCAGGACCGUAAUGUUGCAUGCGCCCAAAGGCUCUGCUACCAUGAAGAGCAGUGAGAAGGGCGUUGGCCAGGCGAUACACACAUUCUCAUUCUCUCAGAUCUUUGGGCCCGAGACGAAGCAGGCAGAUCUCUUCGAAGGCACCAUCAAAAGCCAAGUUCACGAUUAUCUGGAAGGGAAGAAUGCUCUAGUCUUCAGCUAUGGUGUGACCAAUGCAGGCAAGACCCACACAAUUCAAGGAUCCCAGAAAGACCCUGGUAUUCUCCCCCAGGCGUUGGAUGUCAUCUUCAGACACAUCAAAGGGAGACAGUAUGAGAACAUGGAUCUGAAGCCGUACCUCGGUAGUGACGCUCAGUACCUAGGGCCUGACCAGGUCCAACAGGAACGAAACACCAAAGCAGCUAUAUUUGCUCUACUCAAAGAGGAAAAUGAACCCCAACGUGUCAGUGGAGUUUCAUCCCACUCUUCCUCUACUGGAAGCCUCUCUUUCUCAGUCUCCUACGAUAACACAGUUGAGUUUGUGGCUGUGUCUGGGGACCGCAGCCAGUUCGCCCUGUGGGUGUCCUUCUACGAGAUCUACAACGAGAGCGUGUAUGACCUGCUGCAGGCGUCACUCACCUCCAAGACACAGAGACGCACAGCCCUCCGUGUGUGUGAGGACAGUGCGGGAAACUCGUAUGUCAGAGAUCUAAAGUGGAUCAAUGUUCACAACUCUGAGGAGGCAUGCAAAAUUCUCAGAGUUGGAAAUAAAAACCGAAGUGCUGCUUCCACUAAGAUGAACCAUUCAUCAAGCAGAAGCCACAGCAUAUUUACCAUCAAAUUACUGAGAAUUGAAGGAACUGAGGUUCAGACUAUGUCAGAACUCUCUCUCUGUGACCUGGCUGGCUCGGAAAGAUGCGGAAAGACGAAGACUUUUGGGGAGAGGCUGAAGGAAGCGGGUAACAUCAACAACUCUCUGCUCAUCCUGGGGAAAUGCAUCGCUGCUCUGCGCAGCAAUCAGAGUGACAGGAUGAAGAACUGCUAUAUUCCCUUCAGGGAGAGCAAACUGACCCGUCUCUUCCAGUCCAUCUUCUGUGGGAAGGGCCGAGCGUCCAUGAUUGUGAACAUCAAUCAGUGUGCUUCCACAUAUGACGAAACUCUCCAUGUCAUGAAGUUUUCUGCCAUCGCUAAGCAGGUGGUCCAGCUGAUCCCAACAAAGUGUCUAGAGUCUCUGACCCCACGGCUGGUGGGGUGCGAUGGGAAGCCUCUACUGAAGAACGGGGUCAUCGAUGACCAGGCUCUAGAGAACUACCUGUCUGAAGAAGAGCUGCUGGAUGAGGAUGAAGCAGACAUGUCCAUUUUACCCCAGGAGGAUCUCAUGAAUGUGAUCGAGAAUCUCAGGGCCAAGCUCCUGGCUGAGCGACGGAAGAACUUGGUCCAGGAGAUUGACAUCCGCAAGGAGAUGGGAGACGCCAUGCUGCAGCAACUCAUGGAGAGCGAAGAACUCAGGAAUCGUCAGGUGGCUGAGCUGAAGGAGAGCUACCAGGAGAAGCUGGAGAACACAUUUGAGAUGUACAAGGAUGCCCUAAAGGACCAUGCCUACCAGAGGGCCCUGGAGCGCAUAGAGGAUGAUUACGUACCCCUUGAGGAGUUUAUCGCUGAGCAGGAGAAAGUAGAGGCACUAGAACAGAAGCUGUCUGAGAUGGAACGGAAGCUGUCUAAGAUGGAGCACAAGCUGUCAGGUUCCACAGUGAGUUCAUCUAUGGUUCCAACCAGAGAGAACUCCAGCCAGACACAGAGCAUCUCACAACCACCACCUGUAGCUAUGCAGGAAGGGUUAACGGGCCAGUACACAAUCUCCCUCGGUGUUGAUUCUAUUUCAUUAACAAAUGAAGUCUCAGCAGGGGAUGUCCUCACAGCUGUUUCCAAAGACACAGAGCAAAGCAAACUCCUUUUGAAAGAGAGUGCAAUGGAGAAACUCUGUGAGCAGAAAGAGCUGAUUGUGUCUUUGCAAAAAAGGAUUGCCGUUCUGAAUGAUGCACUACAUGAGGCCGGAGAGCGCUUCUUUGACAAAACGGUAGAAAUGGAAACUUUACAUAAGAAGCUAGCUGACCAGGCACAGGAUCUGGAGAGUAUAGGUAAGGGCAAUCUGGAGAAGGACAAAGAACUGGCAUUGUUAAAAGAAGAGCUGGCCAAGCUAUCCCAGAAGUCCCCUGUCCAGUCCAAGCCCAAGCGGGGUUUCAUGGCCAACAUUAGGGAAUCUGUGACUUCGCCACGAACAAGCACCAUUGCCAGGACACUGAGGAAAUCUGUCCGGACCACACCCUUGCUGAAAAGGCCCUUCCAUUAACUACCGUCCUCCCCCACGUUUUAAAAAUGUUAAGGGCUCUAUUCAAACACUAUUGCUGAAGUGUUACAGAUUGUGUGAAAUAAAUUAAUUUCCAAUUGCUUUGACAUGCAGCGUUUAUGGUGAGUGCGGUCUCUGCAAUUUGGGAACAUUUCCAUUUCAAUCACAAUUUAAUGCUGAACUUCAGCGAUGUGGAUUGAAUAGAGCCCUUAGUUCUGUUUUUUUCUUCUUUAAACUCUUAAAUAAAAUUCUACUGACUAUU